AUGGUGCGUGUCGAUCCAAUAUGCGCGGCCAUACACUUCUCCCCGAUUCUCGUGCUCCUCACCGUCCACUGCUCUAGCGGGCGCUGGCCAACGGAUGCAGACUGCGCUGAGCGCGUGAUGCGCUACGGCUUCAGCGUCGACCUCUUUACCGAGCGACCUGCUAGGGUGCUCACGCACCUGUUCGUGCACAUCUCGUCGAAGCACUUUCUCAGCAACGUCUUCUCCUUCGCCGCGACUCUUGCUGAGUUCGGCGACGUGGCGGACACCGCCGCGGAGGGUGCGGUGGCUCGCCGGCGGGUUACUUCACGGGACGACGAGGAGCCGAGUGGGUCUAGAGGUGCUGCGGGGAGCUCUGCCGCCCAGAGAAUGGUGUGGGAGAUGCGCACCAUUUUGGGGCAGCGUAGCCGCGUGCAGGCGUGCGUCCGCUCGGCCGGCGCGUUCGCCGUGUGGGCCGUCGGCGGUGCCACCGGUGGACUGUGCUGCCAGAUGCUCUACAACAGCUUUAAGCUGGCGCUGCGUCGCCAGUGCGCUGCGCGGGCUGCUGCCGCUGUUGCCGAUGCGAAGCGAAACACCACAUGGGGCGCUGCUGAUGGGUGCAUCCUGACAUCACUUAGCCGGGUCGCCGAAGCGCUCCGGCAGCGCGCGGAGGCGUGCAACAGCACCUUGGCCGUGUCGGCGCAGGAGGCAGUGAACAAUGCGAUGCUCAUGUGUGGGGCGAGUGCGGGCAUCUGCGCCCUCUCCGGGUUCAGCGCCGCCUAUUACGGCCGGUCCAUCACCGCGUUCUGCCUCGUGGUGCCGGAGGCUCUCUUGCUGACCAAGGACCUCAUCAACCACUACAUCGCACUGCUGGCGCCGGGCCUCGGCGCCACGGACUACGCGGCGGAGGCAGAGCGGCGUGCGCUGCAGUCGACGUGGCGCAUAGUGAUGCCUGUCCAGACCGUCGGCCACGCCGCACACGUGGGUGGCUUCGCGGUGGGUUUGGGCAUGGGCUACUGCUGGCUGUGGGUGCGGAAGUGCCGGCGCCUGCGCCUCGCACAAAGCCGUCGCCGUGCCGCCCCGUGGCUGCCGAGGCCGGGCCUACAAACACACGUGUAUGCACGCUCGCGUUUCUAG